GAAGUUGUUAUUGGAGAUCUGAAGCCAGGGACUCUCCAUACUGUCAGCAUAGGAGCUUAUGGCUGGGCAGGAAGAGGCAAAGCCAGCAUGCCUAGAAAUGUGACAACUCUAUCACAAGAUAAAUGUAUGCCUCCAGCUCCACCUAGUCAGCCUCAAGUCAUUGUUGUUUCAGACUCAGAGGUUGCUUUAUCAUGGAAACCAGGGCCAAGUGAAGGAAGUUCUCCAAUUGAGUACUACACUGUGGAAUUUAUCAGACCCGAUUUUGAUACCAAAUGGACAGCAAUUAGAGAGCAGAUCCAGAUGGACUCUAUGAUCCUGAAGGGGCUAACUCCAAACGACAAGUAUCGGUUUGCCAUCCGAGCUACAAAUUCAUAUGGGUCCAGCCUGCCAAGCAUUGCCAGUGAUAUAAUCAGAAUGUUCCACCCGGAAGAGUUAGGGAGUGGAAGCUACGGACCUCCAUACAUGACUGAGUCUGGAAAUGGUGAUGAUGAUGAUGGAAUUGACAUUGAUGAUUCAGACUCUGACAUUUAUAUCGAUGAGCUCAAACCACUUCCUGCUAUCAAAGGAGGCAAUACAAAUUUUUUGGUUGAAACCAACAUAAUACAAGGAUCUAAUGCAGAACUCCUUUCUGGGCUGCUUUCACCUACUACAUAUCCUGUCAGUUCUAUGGCAACAACUACAUUCCUACCACGUGCUACUAUCCCUUCCAGCAUUACUGCUAAGGCCAUCAGGAGGAACAGCGGGACUUCAGUGGUACGACAAUCUGAUCAGUCCUGUGAUGAAACCAUCUGCUCUACCAACAGCUUUUGCAUCAAUGAUUAUGAGCGGAGUGGCUCUCGUUGCCAUUGCAACCUUGGCAAAGGAGGGGAGAGUUGUUCAGAAGAUAUUAAUAUUCAGUAUCCUCAAUUUUUUGGAUAUUCCUAUAUCUCCUUUGAGCCUCUUAAGAAUUCCUAUCAGACAUUCCAAAUUACUGUUGAAUUUAUGGCAGUAGCAGAGGAUGGUUUGCUUCUCUAUUGUGGAGAGAAUGAGCAUGGUCGUGGUGAUUUCAUGUCACUGGCAAUCAUCAGGCAAAGAGUUCAGUUCAGGUUCAACUGUGGAACUGGAAUUGCAACAAUAACAAGCAAGGACAAAAUUAAACUGGGCAGUUGGCACAAUGUGACUGUAUUUAGAGAUGGAAUAGAUGGAUGGCUUAGUUUGGAUAACAGUCCACAAGUUCCUGGUAAAUCUCAGGGUCAAUAUAGCAAAAUUACUUUUCGGACUCCUUUCUAUCUUGGCGGUGCUCCCACAGCCUAUUGGCUUGUAAAGUCAGUAGGAAUCAAUCAUGGCUUCCAAGGGUGUGUUCAAUUAUUCAUUAUUAAUGGCAAGCCCAUUGACAUGAGGCCCUGGCCUCUGGGAAGAAGCCUUAGUGGGGCAGAUGUUGGUGAAUGUAGUAGUGGGAUUUGUGAUGAAGCUUCUUGCAUUAAUGGUGGUACCUGCACGGCCAGCAAAGCAGAUCAAUACAUCUGCCUUUGCCCACUUGGAUUUAAAGGCCGCCACUGUGAAGAAGUUUUCACCCUCACCAUACCUCAGUUCAAUGAAACAUUGAAAUCUUUUGCUGUUACUCCCUGGCCAUUAGAACCAGUCAGCUAUCUUUCUUUCAUGGAAUUUGAGAUCAUAUUUCGUCCAGAUGUGGCAAAUGGUGUCCUGUUGUACAGUUACGAUACAGGCAGCAAAGACUUCCUGUCCAUUUGCAUUGUGGACAGCUAUGUGGAAUUCAGGUUUGACUGCGGCUCAGGAACUGCUAUUAUCAGGAGCAAAGACCCCAUCAGUUUGAAUCAGUGGCAUCAACUCAAAGUGUCACGCACAGCAAAAAAUGGCAUUUUGCAGGUUGAUCAGCAAACUCCAAUAGAAGGAAUGGCAGAGGGAGCUUUCACUCAGAUUAAAUGUAAUCCUGAGAUCUUCAUCGGUGGAGUACCAAAUUAUGAUGACGUGAAAAAGAACUCCGGUGUUCUGAAACCAUUCUCUGGAAGUAUUCAGAAGAUAGUUUUGAAUGACCGGACAAUAGACAUGAAGCAAGAUUUUACAGCUGCAAUCAACUUAGGGAACACGGUCCAUCCCUGUGUGAGUGCCCCCUGUGAUAACAGGGGCUCCUGCGUGCCCAAGAAAGAUGGGUAUGAAUGUGAUUGCCCUUUGGGUUUUGAAGGGCAAAACUGCCAGAAAGAAUGUGGAAAUUACUGCUUGAACAUUGUGAUGGAAGCCAUUGAAAUUCCACAGUUCAUAGGGCGCAGUUAUCUUACAUACGACAAUCCAAACAUUCUUAAAAGAGUGUCAGGAUCAAGAACAAAUGUGUUUAUGAGAUUUAAGACUGCACUGAUGGAUGGUCUAUUGUUAUGGAGAGGUGACAGCCCAAUGCGAUCCAACAGUGACUUCAUCUCCCUUGGUCUUCAGGAUGGUUCCCUGGUCUUCAGUUACAAUCUGGGCAGUGGCAUUGCUUAUAUAAUAGUGAAUGGCUCUUUCAAUGAUGGCAGGUGGCAUAAAGUUAAAGCAGUUCGGGAUGGACAAUCUGGGAAGAUCACAGUUGAUGAUUAUGGUGCCAGAACUGGAAAAUCACCAGGAAUGAUGAGACAGUUGAAUAUCAAUGGGGAUUUAUAUGUUGGAGGAAUGAAAGAAAUAGCGCUGCAUACAAACCGACAGUAUAUGAGAGGUCUCGUAGGUUGCAUUUCGCACUUCACACUUUCUACAGAUUUUCAUAUUUCACUAGUUGAAGAUGCAGCUGAUGGGAAGAACAUUAACACUUGUGGGAGAAAGUAACAGACAGAAAUCCAUCAUCACACAGACAAUAAUAUUGUGUAGCAGCAAAAUGACUGAUCUUGCACAGUGAAGACUUCUCCCACGAAACACCUGGAAGAGUGAAUCGGAAGUGAAGUGAAAG